AUCCCCACGAUGGCAUCUGGCAAGGCGACAAACCACGGCAUGGAGGACGACAACGACAUGGAGUACUCGUCUGCGGAAUCGGGGGCCGAGGAUGCGGCGGAGUCGUCGUCGUCGCCGGUGUUGGCGCCGCCCCGGGCGGCUCCAUCGUCGCGGUUCAAGGGCGUCGUGCCGCAGCCCAACGGGCAGUGGGGCGCGCAGAUCUACGAGAAGCACUCGCGGGUGUGGCUCGGCACGUUCCCCGACGAGGACGCCGCCGCGCGCGCCUACGACGUGGCCGCGCUGCGCUUCCGUGGCCCGGACGCCGUCAUCAACUUCCAGCGCCCGCCGGCGGCGGAGGAGGCCGGCUCUUCGUCGUCCAGAAGCGAGCUCGAUCCCGAGCUCGGUUUCCUCGCCGACCACUCCAAGGCCGAGAUCGUGGACAUGCUCCGGAAGCACACCUACGACGACGAGCUUCGGCAGGGCCUGCGCCGCGGCCGCGGGCGCGCGCAGCCGACGCCGGCGUGGGCGCGAGAGCUCCUCUUCGAGAAGGCCGUGACCCCGAGCGACGUCGGCAAGCUCAACCGCCUGGUGGUGCCGAAGCAGCACGCCGAGAAGCACUUCCCUCCGACCACUGCGGCGGCCACCGGCAGCAACUGCAAGGGCGUGCUGCUCAAUUUCGAGGACGGCGAGGGGAAGGUGUGGCGCUUCCGCUACUCGUACUGGAACAGCAGCCAGAGCUACGUGCUCACCAAGGGCUGGAGCCGCUUCGUCAAGGAGACGGGCCUCCGCGCCGGCGACACCGUGGCGUUCUACCGGUCGGCGUACGGGAAUGACACGGAGGACCAGCUCUUCAUCGACUACAAGAAGAUGAACAAGAAUGACGAUGCUGCCGACGCGGCGAUUUCCAAUGAGAAUGAGACAGGCCAUGUCGCCGUCAAGCUCUUCGGCGUUGACAUUGCCGGUGGAGGGAUGGUGGGAUCAUCAGGUGGCUGAAGGGCACGGCCGGUAAGCUCUUGGUCUUCUGCCGUACUAGUGUGAUUGCAAUUGCAUAUAUUGAUUGCUGGCUACUCGAUCUACAUUUCCAUUUCGGGAAGCAAGAAUAGACAAUAACAAUAUUUAAUCACAUCACAUGAUCACACCCAUAGAAGAAGAUAUCAAUGCAGACAGAUCGGAGCAAGAGGACACCAUAUGGGAGAGUACAAUACCUUGCACAUUUUGUAUGCCUAUGGUCGAUCUUAUUGAAUAGAUUCCACUAUUCCAGAGGGUUAUUAGAAGGCGACAAUACUUUGCAUAAUUUUUGCGAUGAUCUUAUUGAAUAUGUGGUUACCUUUAGUUCUCCAAAUCUUGUUCUAUUGCCAUGAUUGUUGUGCAGCCUUUAAUUUUUAUUAUUAUACGAGAUCGAUCUUUACCAUUCCCAGUGCUUCAUCGAUUUUUUCCCCAAUUCAGUGAUGCUAGUGCUGUAGGACUAUCUUACACUAUCACAUUGAUUCAGGAGUCGCUAAAC